GAUGGCCCUAGCAAUGGCAGCGGCUGCAGAAGCCCAAGCAGCCUCCGUGGCAGUGGAGGCUAGAGCUGGAGCGGCUGCGGCGGCACCCCGGGGAGUUUAAGAUGGCGGCGGGGGUGGGGCAGCGCUAUGGGCUGUCCUGCCGACGGCUGGGGCAGGACCACAUCACCGUACUGCAUGUGAAGCUCACGGAGAAGGCGAUCCGGGCGCUGGAGACUUACCAGAGCCACAAGAAUUUAAUUCCUUUUCAACCUUCAAUUCAGUUUCAAAGACUCCAGGGGCUUGUCAAAAUUCAAAAUGAUCCCCUCAAUGAAGUUCAUAACUUUAACUUUUAUUUGUCAAAUGUGGGCAAAGACAACCCUCAGGUCAGCUUUGACUGCAUCCAGCAAACAUUCUCCAGCUCUGGAGCCUCCCAGCUCAAUUGCCUGGGAUUUAUACAAGAUAAAAUUACAGUGUGUGCAAUAAACAACUCGGAUCAGAUGACACGAGAAAGAAUGACCCAGGCAGAGGAGGAAUCCCGCAACCGAAGCACAAAAGUUAUCAAACCCGGUGGACCAUGUGUAGGGAAAAGAGUGCAAAUUCGGAAAGCACCUCAAGCUGUUUCAAAUACAGUUCCUGAGAGGAAAAGGUCAACCCCCAUGAACCCUGCAAAUACAAUUCGAAAGACACACAGCAGCAGCAGCGUCUCUCAGAGGCCAUACAGGGACAGGGUGAUUCACUUAGUGGCCCUGAAGGCCUACAAGAAACCGGAGCUACUUGCUAGACUCCAGAAGGAUGGUGUCAAUCAAAAAGAAAAGAACUCCCUGGGAGCAAUUCCGCAACAGGUAGCCAAUCUGAAUUCUAAAGACCUCUCAUAUACCUUAAAGGAUUAUGUUUUUAAAGAGCUUCAAAGAGACUGGCCUGGAUACAGUGAAAUAGACAGGCGGUCAUUGGAGUCAGUGCUCUCUAGAAAACUAAAUCCAUCUCAGAAUGCUGCAGGCACCAGCCAUUCAGAAUCUCCUGUAUGUUCUAAUAGAGACGCUGUAUCUUCUCCUCAGAAACGGCUUUUGGAUGCAGAGUUUAUUGAUCCUUUAAUGAAUAAAAAGGCCCAAAUAUCUCACCUGACAAACAGAAUACCACCAACACUAAAUGGUCAUUUGAAUCCUACCAGUGAAAAAUCUGCUACAGGCCUCCCGCUGCCCCCUGCAGCUGCUGCCAUCCCCACCCCUCCACCACUGCCUUCAACCCAUCUGCCCGUCUCACAUCCUCCUCAGAUUGUAAAUUCUAACUCCAAUUCCCCUAGCACUCCAGAAGGCCGGGGGACUCGAGACCUGCCUUUUGACAGUUUUAGUCAAAAUGAUAGUAUCUAUGAGGACCAGCAAGACAUAUAUACCUCUAGGACUUCUCUGGAAACCUUACCCCCUGGUUCAGUUCUAUUAGAGUGUCCAAAGCCUAUGGAAGAAAACCAUUCAAUGUCUCACAAAAAGUCCAAAAAGAAGUCUAAAAAACAUAAGGAAAAGGACCACAUUGAGACUAUUGAGGAAAAGGAGGAAGAUCUUAAGAGAGAAGAGGAAAUUGCCAAGCUAAAUAACUCCAGUCCAAAUUCCAGUGGAGGAGUUAAAGAGGAUUGCACUGCCUCCAUGGAACCUUCAGCAACUGAACUCCUAGAUUAUUUGAUAAAAUAUAUCGCUAUCAUCUCCUAUGAGCAAUGCCAGAAUUAUAAGGAUGACUUCAAUGCAGAGUAUGAUGAGUACAGAGUUUUGCAUGCCAGGAUGGAGACUGUAGCUAGAAGAUUUAUCAAACUAGAUGCACAAAGAAAGCGCCUUUCUCCAGGCUCAAAAGAGUAUCAGAAUGUUCAUGAAGAAGUCUUACAAGAAUAUCGGAAGAUAAGGCAGUCUAGUCCCAAUUACCAUGAAGAAAAAUACAGAUGUGAAUAUCUUCAUAACAAGCUGGCUCACAUUAAAAGGCUACUAGGUGAAUUUGACCAACAGUAGGCAGAGUCAUGGCCCUAGAACUCUGCUUGGACC